GAACCGUCAAAUACGCACCGCUAUCGUGUCAUAUUCUACGUGAAUUGUGCCGUAAAGACGAUGUUGAGUCGUGGUUAUAUAUGGUCGUCGAAAUUACCUGCGGAAAAUUACCGUGGCGGAAUUUAACUGUGAGAAAUAUUUGA